CAGCCUUCCGAGCAUUUUUCCCGAUUACAUAUGUGGGGGUGUAAAUUCCACACUCCGUCUCUCGACAAAAUAUAUAUAUAUAUAUUCGUCUGCAGGAGUUGCUUUUCAUUUGCCCCUUCUAGGGCCACCUUACCCAUAAUUCCUCACUCCAAACCUGCCACUACCCACAUCACCUAGACCCCUCUGCACCUUUCACAGUUCCAUCCCUUCUCCUCUCUCACUGACGGCAUCCGUCUUGAGGAUGGAUAGAGCCUCAAAUAAUCAUUCUCUACUCAAUCAUCAGGCAUCUGAAAUCAGGUUACUCUCAUUUACGCGAAACGUAACAGCUGGAAACCAACUAUGCAAACAGCUUCUCAUCUCCAUUCAUUCUUGUACUUCUCUACGAGAAGAAAUACCAUAAAACCAGAAGGAUGCAUGAACAUGCAAACCUCUAAUUCGAAUGUGCCUAUCAGAAAAUUCUGCUAUACUGGAAGAGCGCGGACUUGUAAAUUUCUUGUGUCUGUACCACCGACAAGAUUGUUUGCCUUUCCCAACACAGAUGAUGGUCACCCUUCUGCCCCUGUCGUAGAAGAAGAUAAAAAUACAAACCAUGCACCCAAUUCUGAAGCAGAGACCUUACUGAGUAAAUGGUCACCGCCUAGGUAUCUGUGGAGGGGAUUAUCUGUUCUUAUCAUGGCCGGACAGGUAAUCAUCAGGACGCUAAAGGGAAAAUUCCACUGGAGGAAUACUCUGCAACAGUUGGAGAGAGUUGGUCCAAGAUCAGUGGGAGUCUGUCUUUUGACUUCAGCUUUUGUUGGGAUGGCUUUCACCAUCCAAUUCGUUAGAGAAUUCACCAGAUUGGGAUUGAACAGAUCCAUUGGUGGGGUAUUAGCUCUGGCUUUCUCAAGGGAGCUGAGUCCUGUGAUAACAUCAAUAGUUGUUGCUGGGCGUAUCGGAAGUGCGUUUGCAGCAGAAUUAGGAACAAUGCAGGUUUCUGAGCAAACUGACACAUUGAGAGUUCUUGGGGCCAACCCUGUCGACUAUCUUGUGACACCCAGGGUGAUUGCGUCCUGUAUUGCUUUGCCAUUUUUGACUCUAAUGUGUUUCACGGUGGGGAUGGCAUCCAGUGCCCUUUUGGCUGAUGGUGUUUAUGGGAUUAGCAUUAACAUUAUCUUGGAUUCUGCUCAUAGAGCACUUAAACCAUGGGACAUAAUCAGUGCCAUGCUAAAGUCACAAGUCUUUGGUGCAAUUAUUUCUAUUGUGAGCUGUGCAUGGGGAGUUACCACCAUGGGAGGUGCUAAAGGUGUUGGGGAGUCUACAACUUCAGCUGUGGUUAUUUCACUUGUUGGUAUCUUUAUUGCUGACUUUGCACUCUCAUAUUGCUUUUUCCAAGGAACUGGAGAUUCACUGAAGAGUUGUAUAUGAACAAUUGGUGAGUUUGUGAUGUUUAAUUGAAGUUUCUCCUCCGCUGUUUUUUUGUUGAUAAGUUAUCCGCUGUUAGGCUAUGGAUAUUGCCUGCAAUCAGAUACAUAAAACACAUAUUAUGUAUAACAGUUCCUGCUUAAUGAUUUUGGACUA